CUGAACCUUGAGCCAAUGAGGGAUCGGGGGCGGGGCCUGUACGGGCGCAGGAAAUGGCGGCGACUGUGGAGCCUCUGCCCGCCUGCCGUCAUCAUGCCGUCCCUGUUGCUCCUGCUGCCCCUGCGCCUAUGCCGGCUGUGGCCUCGCAGCCCUCCCACCCGGCUUCUCACAGCCAACACAGGGCAGCGGUCUACUUCUACUAAUUACUAUGAACUGUUGGGGGUGCAUCCUGGUGCCAGCGCUGAAGAGGUUAAACGUGCUUUCUUCACCAAGUCAAAAGAGCUGCACCCUGACCGAGACCCUGGGAACCCAGCCCUGCAUAGCCGCUUUGUGGAGCUGAAUGAGGCCUACCGAGUACUCAGCCGUGAGGACAGUCGUCGAAACUAUGACCAACAGCUGCAUUCAACCAGGCCGCCCAAAUCUUCAGGGACCAGAGCCCAGCCUAAGUACACCCAGGAGACACACAGCAGCUCCUGGGAACCCCCGAACGCACAAUACUGGGCCCAGUUUCACAAUGUGAGGCCACAGGGGCCUGAGUCAAGGCGGCAGCAGAACAAACACAACCAGCGGGUCCUGGGGUACUGCCUUCUGCUCAUGGUGGCAGGCAUGGGCCUGCACUAUAUGGCUUUCAGGAAGCUGGAGCAGGUGCACCGGAGCUUCAUGGAUGAGAAGGAUCGGAUUAUCACAGCCAUCUACAACGACACGAGGGCGAGGGCCAGGGCCAACAGAGCCAGGAUUCAGCAGGAGCGCCAGCAGAGGCAGCAGCGUCGGAAAGGAUCCUCCCUGCCCACAGAAGGCCCUGGGAUCGUGCCCCAGGACAGUAGCCCUUGAGGGGCUCACUUAGGUGGGACCUGCAUUGGUCCUCUCCUUGCUGCCUAUCCAGGACUACAGAUUUCCCACAGCACGUGCAAUAAACUCAUUUUCAGACUCU